AAUCAGAGCCACAAUGGCUCACGCCACCUCUAGUCGAUCCUAACUAGCACGGCCCUAAGCCGUCCCUCCUCGUCCUCGAAGCCUAGCCAUUGCUUAGGCUACACACCGCGCCGUCCGUGCGCCCUCUCCCGCCGCGCUCUCCUGUCGCGCUCUCCCGUCGCGCGCCUUCUAUUGCGCCUGCUCCCCCUUCCGUCGCGCACCUCCUGCCGCACUUGUCGACACCUUUCCGCCCGUCGAUUCCUCCUUGCACGGCCUCCGCUGCCCGAAAACACCGCGGCCAAUUGGCAUUCCUAUGCCCAAACGGUCACGAUGCUUCUCUCCUCGGUGAUGGUCAACGGCUACAAUCCGAAAGCCGUUGUCCAUCUCGAGGAGCGCGGUCUUCAGCCUGCCCAGCAGGAUGCUCCCGCGUGCCCUGCACCUCCUCCUCCUGGUGAUGCUCCUGUCAGCUCCGGCCCUCCAACCUUCGCCCAUGACGUGAACGACCCUCAGAGCUUGAUGACUGCCAUCCGCACCUACCGCGCCGGCCUCACCAACCAUGUCCGCCCGUAGCUGAUCUACGAGGCUUCCCGCGCCGAGCAUGCCAUCGCCAUUGUCGCCUACGACAUGUACUAGGCAACGCUCACGGAGUACG